AUGCCACAAAAAAAGACAGAUGAUGAGAUAAAAUUGUGGCGGGAGGCAAAUGAUUGUAUUUGUUGCGUACGUCAGAGUCUCAACCCCGCUAAAGAGCAGUUUGGUAUUGUAGGGAUACAAGUAGCGGGAAAUAUAUUACACUUGAAUGCUCUUGUUCGGGAUAAAGUCAAUAUACCUAGAUAUUAUCAUCCUCAAUCUGCUGAAAUUCCUGUACAAUUAUCAGAUGAUAAAGUCAUAUCUAAAUUUAUAGAAACUUUGUUGAUUUUACAAAAUAUGAUAAUUACUAACUUAUCUUUGUUAUAUCACGCAUCAGUAAUUAUAUCAGAAAGACAGAGAGAAGAUAGUACCACAGUUUCCACUCCACGAUAUGAUAACUAG